AUGGAAAUGCACCGAAACGAUCAACCGCCAGCCCUUGCAUGCAUCAACCGUGAGUCUCGGCAAAUUGCAAUGGAAGAAGGGCACAGGGUGGAGCUAGAAGAGUCGACUAGCUUGGCAUCUAUCUGGGUGCAGCCUCGGCGCGAUGUGCUGCAUUUCAACUGGACCAGACUGCGCUAUAUUGCCUGGGGAUGUUCUGACGUCCCAGACAGUCCGAUCGCCAUGUUCCUGUGUCGGGCAGAAAAGCUUGGGAUGCAGCCUUCCGUUGUGGCUGAUAUCAUUAGUCCUUUUUACUUAUUGGCAGCCAUUGAUGGUGGUGGUUCGCCCUAUCUCGAUUAUCACAGCCCGUCGCUUCAUUAUCAUGGCAUAAACAACCAGGAGGUGGGCGACAUUGAGUCUUGCGCGGAGAGUCAAAGCAGCCUUGACGUGACCAUGGCGGGAAUAUCUCUUCAUAUUACUAGGCAAGCGGCUUUAAAGUCUGGCCUAUUUGGAUUCUUAGGUGAUGCGCCUGUUCAGAUGGUUGAUGUUGGUGAUGACGCCCGGUUGAGGGCAUUUCAAGCACUAGUCGAGGGGCAUGUGUUGGAAAAUGAACCCACUCUACAAAGACUCUUCGAAGGACUGAAGAGCUCUCAAUUUAAAAGAGCUGUGUUUGCCUGGGAAAGACAAGCUGAUUGGGCCCUCAUCGCGGAGUCAUGGAAUUACGCACGACGAAAGCAUCUCGCCAUUUUGGGGAUCAACCCUGGCUCUGCUUGGAUACCUUACCUACCAGAAGGGGAAUAUUUUCAUAUUUCCCGGUAUUUGCCCGAUGAGAGGCAUCCAUGGGUCAAGCAUGCACGGCAGAGGCUGCCAAAGUUGCGACCGCGGAUCAUGGUGCGAUAUUGUACCAACGAGUGUUAUCAAGCAGGAAAAAUACCCGCCAACUUCGGGCGUUAUUAG